AUAACCCAGAAUGGCCAACGACGAUGACAUCUAUCGAACAGGUGGUGACAAGGGACUGGGCAAUCGAGUUCAUUAAGGGACCGCUUUCAACGGUUCCAGAUCUAUUGGAACUCUACAGCUCUUAUCCCCACGAUGUCAUGCGCGCAGACCUUCUGCGAUAUCUUAUCCUCUGGUACCAUGGUGGUUAUUACGCCGACACCGAUGUGUUUCCAGCUCGGACAAUUUUGUCUUGUCCGUCACUGGAGCCUCUCUUUCAGCCUCUCUCGUCUUCUUACCGAAAUAGGGCUUCUCUACAGCCAAAUAUCUCACUCGUUCUAGGGAUCGAAAUCGAUGAACCGUACGCUUCGCCUACGUUGAUGCGCGACUGGCAUUGGAGCAGAAACUACGGCCUAAUUCAGUACAACAUGUAUGCUCCCCGGCGCUUCAGUCCGCUCUUGAGACGGGCAAUCGUCCGGGUCUUGGCCCACACCAAAAGGCAUAAUUCUCGGAGGAAAACAUUCCUGCGCCCCAGGUACGAUGAAAGGACAACGUUGGAAGUCACGGGCCCUGGCGUUUUCACGGACGCGAUCCUGGACGUAUUAUCAGAGACCCUGCCACCUACACAUCCUUUAGUUGAGACAUCGGUCAGCGCAGAUUCCGGCAUAGGGGAUCUCAGGUCUCAUGCGGAUACAGUGCAAAGGCGCGUGACUUGGGCGGCAUUCCACAGGUUGAAACAUCCACUCUGGAUCGAUGCGUCUGAGGCUGCACCAGGCAGGGAGAUGGGCGGUCUCUUGGUCCUACCGGUAAGUGUAUGGGGAAAUGGUCAAAGGCAUAGUGAAGCCGAGUGGUUCGAUAGUCCGCACGCCUGUAUUAACCACCAGUUUGGGCGCUCCUGGAAAAAAGGCUGGUGGGAGUAUUUUUUUGGUUGAAUCGCUACGAUGUACUAUUCUCACUGAAUUAUUAUAUUGAAUUAUGUGCGACUAUGAAACUGGCCUGGAGAACCUCACUCUAGGCUGGCCAACCAGCAUCACGGUAGUAGUGCGAUACCUCUCUGAUUAUAUUCACUUGCAAUUACGAACCAUGGCGCAAGCGGGAACAUCUCCAGGCGCCUUGCCAAUUAUAUUGAUUCCCCGUUUCGCAUCAUCUAGGCCGAGCUUCUCCGCAUGGGGGAAAGACGCCGUUCGAACCCCCGCGAUCCCC